AUGAUGAAUCGCUACCAUCGCCCUCAACUCUCUCCAAAUCAGUGUGGCUCAUGUCUAGUCCAAACCAUCAAUGCACCCAUCUCACUGGUCUGGUCUCUUAUCCGACGCUUCGAUAACCCACAAAUCUACAAACGAUUCAUCAGGAGCUGUUCGAUCUUGGAUGGAAAUGGUGGUAUCGGUAGCGUGAGAGAAGUCCAACUGGUUUCGGGUCUUCCAGCUGAGAUAAGUAGGGAAAGACUCGAUGAAUUGGAUGAUGAUUCGCAUGUUAUGGUGUUUAGCAUGGUUGGUGGAGAUCAUCGCCUCAUCAAUUACCGUUCAACAAUCACUGUUCAUCAAGUAGAUGAUGAGAUUGGGAAGACUUUGGUGAUUGAAUCUUACGUGGUUGAUGUUCCAAUGGGGAGUAGUAAAGAAGAUACGUGUUUGUUUGCUGAUACCAUCAUAAGGUUAAACCUCAGAUCCUUGGCUGGUAUCACUGAGAAGAUGGCUUGUGUGUCCCAACAACACUAG